CCAGCCCGGGGGCGGACGGGGCGGCUGCGGCGGCUGCUAUACGGCGGCGGGGCUCUAGGUGUCCUGCCUGGGAGGGUCCCUGCUGCAUUGCAGCCGCCGCGCUGCUCCCUCUCCGCGCACACAAUGGCGACGCCCAGCCCCAGCGGCGGCUCCGGCGCCGGCGGCGGGAGCGGGCCGGGCCCGGGCGGCCCGCCGGCGCACGCCGCCGCCAGCAGCAUGCAGGGUAAACGCAAAGCGCUGAAGUUAAAUUUUGCAAAUCCACCUUUCAAGUCCACAGCAAGAUUUACUCUAAACACUUCUGGAGUUCCUUUCCAAAAUCCACACAUUGAUACACAAGCAACCCUGGGUAGUAAUCACAUUGUCCCAUUCAGUUUCAAAAGGAGAGAAGCGGACCUCAUCCAGAAACUUUCCAGCAGGCUACAAGAGAGACUGAGAACACACAGCAUUGAAUCAUCAGGAAAAUUGAAGAUUUCCCCUGAACAACAUUGGGAUUUUACAGCAGAGGACUUGAAAGACCUUGGAGAAAUUGGACGAGGCGCUUAUGGUUCUGUCAACAAAAUGGUCCACAAACCAAGUGGGCAAAUUAUGGCAGUUAAAAGAAUUCGGUCGACAGUGGAUGAAAAAGAACAGAAGCAGCUUCUGAUGGACCUUGAUGUAGUAAUGAGAAGCAGUGACUGCCCGUAUAUUGUUCAGUUUUAUGGCGCACUCUUCAGAGAGGGUGACUGUUGGAUCUGUAUGGAGCUCAUGUCUACCUCGUUUGAUAAGUUUUACAAAUAUGUAUAUAGUGUAUUAGAUGAUGUUAUUCCAGAAGAAAUUCUAGGCAAAAUCACUUUAGCUACUGUGAAAGCACUAAACCACUUAAAAGAAAACUUGAAAAUCAUUCACAGAGACAUCAAACCUUCCAAUAUUCUUCUGGACAGAAAUGGAAAUAUUAAACUCUGUGACUUUGGCAUUAGCGGACAGCUUGUGGACUCCAUUGCCAAAACGCGGGAUGCAGGGUGCCGGCCAUACAUGGCGCCUGAAAGGAUAGAUCCCAGUGCAUCCAGGCAAGGCUACGAUGUCCGCUCAGACGUCUGGAGCUUGGGGAUUACAUUGUAUGAGCUGGCCACAGGGCGAUUCCCCUACCCCAAGUGGAACAGUGUGUUUGACCAGUUGACGCAAGUAGUAAAAGGAGACCCGCCGCAGCUGAGUAACUCAGAGGAAAGGGAGUUCUCCCCAAGUUUCAUCAACUUCGUCAACUUGUGCCUUACAAAGGACGAGUCCAAAAGGCCAAAGUAUAAAGAGCUUCUGAAACAUCCCUUCAUCCUGAUGUAUGAGGAACGCACAGUGGAUGUUGCAUGCUAUGUUUGUAAAAUCCUGGAUCAAAUGCCAGCAACUCCCAGCUCUCCAAUGUACGUCGAUUGAUAUUGCUGCUACAUCAAACUCUAGAAAAAGGGCUGAGAGAAAACAAGCUGUAAAGAAUUUUCAUCACAUAUUGCAGUGUUUUUAAUGCUCGCCCAGACACCAUGUGCAAUAAUAUUGGUGUUAUUUCCAUCCUGUCUGUAUACUGUUGUCACAUAUAAAGUGCAUCCCUGUAAUACCUGAUCACACAGUGUUAGUGUUGGUCAAAGAGAGACCUCAUCUUGCUCUUUUGUGGACAUAUUCAUGAAAUGUGGAAAUAAGUACAUUUAUUUGUUGACCGUGAUUGGAUAGCACCUAAAAUUCAUUUCUAGACUCAAAACUUGGAGACUUCUCAGCAGCUACUGGAAAGAUUUUUCUCUCAAACUCUUCCAAUUGUUGUUUCAAGUAAUAAUAAAAAGCAAACAAACAAAAGUUAGGCGUUGUCUGUCUGAACAUUAAGAGACUUUGCCUGGAGGGAGAAGAAUUUGCUUAACCAACGAGAUGCUUUGCCUUCUGGAGCUAGAAAGGCAAAGGAGAAUUUUAUUCUUCACAAAGUGCAAUAGAUUUACUGCUAUGGAAUUCUGUUGCUUUACAGUCGCAGUGUACUUUCUGGGGACAGUGUGCUCAGCUGAACUUCCUGUUAAAGAGAGAUCAUGUUAAAUAUAGUGAAUAUGUCUUUACCAAAAAUACGUUGCAUUGAAAGAGGCUAACAUUAAACUAUUCAGAGAUGGGACAUAAUGUAUUCUUUCUCCUUUUACCAAGCCAGCCACUCUUCACUCUUAACUAGGUGUCCUGUAAAUUGUUACCUGGUAAGAUAAGACCUUUGACCUGAAGAAUUAUUAAACUACUCGAUUGAAUUUAA